AUGCUCGUUGUAAUAAGAACAUUUGCCCUUGGCAUCCUCAUUUUCGUAACUCUAUUUAUCCUCCAGAAAUGGCAAGCCUAUUCUGCAUUUCGAAAUGCUGCUACGAAGCUCGGAUGUGGGCGUCCACCGAAGUAUCCACACAAGGAUACAAUAUGGGGCUCUGAUCUUGUCAAAGAGCGUGCUUUGGCUGCAAGAUCCGGACGGCAGAUGCAGCUCUACAUGCGACACUUUGGGAUACUGGGAAAGACCUGGGAAGAGAACUUUCACAGAACGAAGGUCAUCAAUACCAUGGAAGGAAUCAACAUACAGCAUGUUACCACUACAGGUUUUCAACAUUACGCCAAAAUAUCCCAGAAAGACUUUACGCCAUUUCUUGGCAAGGGGAUAUUCUCCCAAGAAGGAGCGGCUUGGAGACAUUCUAGAGACUUAAUCAAACCCAUCUUUACGAGAUCUGAGAUUUCGGAUGUGAACUCUCUCGAUAUUCAUGUUACCAGGUUUUUGAGCAUGAUACCAAGCGAUGGCACAAUGAUCGACCUGCAAGUUCCGUUGCACAGAUUGUUUCUUGAUAUAUCUACUGAGUUCCUAUUUGGACAGUCGACAUGCUCACUUCUCCAGCCAGGGGAUUCUAAUGAAUCUAUGGAGUUUGUCAAGACGUUCAAUGAUGCCUUAAUGGGAGUUGGAAAGCGACGACUAGCCGGCCGGCUUAGCCCACUUAUUUACUACUUCGAUAAGGACUGGAGGAGAGCGUAUGAAAAAGUCCAUGCUUGGGUUGACGCUCAUGUUAGGCGAGCAUUGGCGGAAAAUUUAAGCGAGAGUCCUGGUUCAAGCGACACAGAAACGGGCUCACAGAAGCGCUAUAUUCUCCUACACGAGAUGGCAAAGCAGAUCACAGAUCCUUUUGAGCUUCGAUUUCAGAUACUGAAUGUUCUCCUUCCAGCCCGCGACUCUGUAUCGAUCUUAAUGGGCAAUGCCCUGUUUCAUCUUGUUCGAAAUCCACAUAUCUGGUCGCAACUCCGGACUGAAAGUAUAUCUUUGGGCGAUACCGAAUUAACAUAUGAAGUUCUCAAGUCUUUGCAGCUCUUCCGAUACGUGAUCAACGAGACACUCCGUCUUCAAGGUCCUUCCGGAAAGGUCCAGCGGGUCGCAACGUGUAAUACGGUACUUCCGUCAGGUGGAGGCCUAGAGGGAAAAGCACCGAUAUUCGUCGAGAAAGGAACUAUCAUCGCUCUAAAUAUAUGGGGACUUCACCAUGAUGAAGACAUCUGGGGUACAGACGUUAUGGAAUUUAGACCUGAGCGCUGGCAGGAGAGGAGGCUUCCAUGGCAGUUCGUACCAUUUUUGGGUGGCGCGCGGAUAUGUCCUGCACAGCAACAAAUUCUGACACAUGCAACUUAUCUACUGGUCAGGAUGACCAAGAUGUUCGCAAGGAUUGAAAACAGAGAUUCUUGUGAAGAGUACAUUGAACUGACGAAGAUGACUACGGAAAGUCGAAAUGGUAUAAAGGUAGCUUUCUUUGCUCAAUGA